AUGGAAGAGCAACCGAGCAGAUCAUCGGGACAAUCGCCGGAGAAACCUGAGUUCCAAAUGAGAAGUGAGGAUUUUCCAACGCUACUGAGUACUUGGCCAUCCAGGAGGGGACCAGAUGAAGUUAUGGGCGAAUCAAGUGAAAUUAUGGGCGAGCCAAGUAGAACUAUGGACGAGCAAA